AUGACGCUCAAGAAGCUAACGUUGCCGUACUAUGCCCCUAACGCGGAGGCAUCGGAUAAAUACCCAUCAUUCUGCCCAAGAUUGAAGCCGUCAGACUGCAACAAAAAGGUUGAGCGACCAGCGCCCAUCGUCCACAUCAAUGGAUUCCCUGGUGUUGGCAAGUCCACAAUCGCUAAGAAGCUCCACGAACAUAUCAACAAGUGGAAGAUAAAGGUAGUCCAACACCACGAACUUGACCUCCUGGCGAACACGAUCAAGACACCCGAAACCUUCGAUCACGAGCAACUGCGUCGCGCGACCCGCGCACUCGCCUUGAACACAAUUGCCGAAUCCGAAGACAGAUUGGAUACUUGCUAUGUGUUUGAGGAUUUCGCGCUCAACAAUCAGGGCGGGUUCAGGAUCAUGGAAGAGUACCGUCUCCUAGCACUCCGUCGUGGAUGCUCUUUGAUCCGCAUCGAACUCACGUGCGACGACGUAGCGUACAAAACAAGACUCAAGGAUCAGGGACGAAUCGAUUUCCGCACAGAAAAUGACUAUCCCCGGCGUAGCUGUCUUACCUGUACGGACCAGAGACUCGUCACAUCCCCUAUACUUUGCAGGGGUUUCAGCGAUGGGGGCUUGAAAUCAUUGGAUGUCUCGAGCAAGCCUGAGCUUUGGACAGCGAUGUCAGCAGCACAUCAUGUGAUGGUGACAUGGAAUGCAGGAUUAUGA